UAUAGAUAUAAUUGUGUGUGUGUGUGUGUGUAUAUAUAUGUGGAUGCCGAAGGAAUGGGCAUAGAGGAUUUGGAGAACAAUGGCGGAUAAGCAAAUAGUUGUGGUGAACAAGAAGGUCGAGGCUCAGUACGUGGAGAUGAUGGUCCCUUUGUAUUCUUAUGGAUGCGAGAAGAAAGUCAAGAAGGCCCUUUCCCACCUUAAAGGAAUAUACUCGGUGAACGUAGACUACUGCCAACAGAAAGUUACAGUGUGGGGAAUAUGCAACAAAUUCGACGUGCUAUCGACUAUCAAAUCGAAGCGUAAGGAAGCUCGAUUUUGGAAUCUAGACGACAAUAUGGAUCGCGAAGAGGCCGUCGAAGAAGAGUCCAAGAAUUCAAAGGCUUCAACGUUCAUCAAACCCUCAUUGUCGCUGAUUAGAAGCAAUUCAUUUAGUUGGAGAGCCGUGAAAAAGGUCUUCUCGAGGUCCCAUUCCUUCUGACUUACGUUUGAUUUUCUGUGCGAUAACGUUCACGUGCUCCGCGUUGGAUAUGUCGAUGUACAGAAAAUCCUUAGUGUGUAAUAACGCUAAAAGUCUUUGAUCUUA